CUUACUACAUUUUUAUGAAGAGUUGAAGCCCCAAUGGAAAACACUAACUACAUCUUAGUGAUAAAGGAGGAGGAGGAAGAGAAAAAGGAGGAGAAGGAGGAGGAAGAGGGGGCAACAUACAUUCCUUCAAAGAUUUUGCAUCCUCACGUGGUGGCGGUGACAGGAUCUCCCCCUGGUGUUCAUGUUCCUGAUGUUUCUGAUGCCACAGUCCCACCUGAAGAGUUACCAGUCAUCCAUGAAAUAAUCGAUACCCUCCCUCUUCUGGAUGUGCUGAGGAUUUCUGCAGUUCUGGAGGAUACCCUGGACCAGCUUUCAAUCCUAAGCUAUAUCAUGCCAGGUCCAUUUGAAAGGAGGAGAGAUAACAUCCAUAAAUCAAGCAAAGGCAUGAAUAUCAUCAUCCAAAGCCUAGACCGAUUGCAAACAUCUAUCAUGCAACAGAGAAAAUCUGGCACAGCAGCAGAAUUAGAAGAAACCAAGUCAAUACGUCAAGCCCCGCCUGAAAAACAUGAAGACAAAAUGGAAGAUUUCAUUGCUAAAAGGCCUGCAAGGCAAACCGUCCUGACUUUAGAAAAUCUCAGGAAAGUUGAGUCUGAUAGAGAGUAUGCCAGCGAAAUACUUAUGGACACUGUAAAGGAGAUGCAGAAAUUGGGAACAUUCACCAGUCUUCUGAAAGCUUUGGACAAAGAGAAGGAAAAAAAAACAAAUUUCUGUGAAAUAAUCGCCAGGGAGGAAACAAAGAGAAAACAGAUAAGAUCUCUCCAGAAAAUGCUUCAGGAUGUCAAAAAUGAGAGGCAAGUAGAAACACAGGGUCGGAAUGAAUAUAUCGCAAAUCUCAAGGACCAGCUGCAGGAGUUGAAGGCAAAGACUAAUAUGGAGAGCCGAUAUGUAAAGAAAAACACUGACCUUCAGAUUUCCCAGACCCAGAAAAAAUGCAGCAAAAAUGAAGAGGCCUUGCUGGAAGAGAUCGAGAAAUUGAGACUUAAAACUGAUGAAGAGACUCGGGUCCACCUAGAUAUUGAAAGCUUCCUCAAGAAAGAACAACAGAAACUGGAAGAGAAGUUAGAGUACUGGAUGGAGAAGUAUGAUAAAGACACGGAAAUGAAACAAAAUGAAUUGAAUAGUCUUAAGGCCGCAAAGGCCAGUGACUUGGCGGCCUUGCAGGAUCUUGCAAAACAGUUAAGGGAGUUUGAGCAGGUCAUCAUUGAGGAUCGACUAGAAAAGGAGAAGGCCAGGAAGAAGAUAGAACAGGACGCCCUGGAGCUGAAGAGCAUCAUAAAGCUUCAGUCCUGGUGGAGAGGUACCAUGAUACGCAGAGAACUGGGCGGUUUCAAGAUGCCCAAGAAGGAAAAAGAUGAUGGCAAGGGGGUAAAAGGCAAAGGGAAGAAGCCCAUACAGAAGAGGAGAUGAUUGGGCUCUUUCAGGCUCCUUUUCUGUUCUUUCGGGGGUUGGGAAGUAGAAAAGAGGAAUUAAAAGAGGCAAAACCCUUGCCAGCUGGAUGUUAUUUCUUAUCUAAACAACCGCCUGGGGAGGGCUAGGAUUGAACUGGGAUCCUUGAUGACUUCACAUUGUUCUUUUGAAAUUAAGUCCUGAGACAAGAUGAUUUAUUUUACUGGAGGUUAGGACAAAGUUUGGAUUUCUCUGUCGAUUUAGUGCCUUAUAAUAAUCUGACCUUCUAUUGAGAAGAACCUUUUCCAGGGGCUCUAGGGAGACUUCUCUCUCUUUUGACACCAGUACAACUAGAACUAACAAGUUCUGUGUCCAUUUACAGUGAAAUUGCUUCAUGAUGAUGCACUAAAAGGACUGGAGUUGAUAUUGUGUCUGUGUCUAACUUUAUUCCAACUCACCUAUAGGGAAGAAAAAUUCUUCCAGUAGUUUAACCUAACAAUACACAACAAGAAUGAGUUUAGGGGAUACAACCCACAGCCCAUAAAUCUAUAUGUUUGCUCUUCUUGUCAUUAUGGUAUAGUGUGUGUUUCAGUCUCUUUUUGUUAAAUCCCCCUUCUCCUAUUUCUCCUUCCCCCAAAGCUUCCUCCACUGAAGCCUGUCUCAUGGUUCCUCCUUCUCCUGUCUCUGCUCCCUGAACUUCUUUCCCCAAAGGGUGACAUUUCCUCAAGAAUACCAUUAAACUCUCUCACCCUGUG